AUGCUCACAGCCAAGCAGCCAGUACACUACGGCUACAAGUCCGUCCAUGACCUUCCGACUCCGCCUUCUACAUCCCGCCUCUCACCUCCUCUGGCCUACCAAGAGCCUGCCCGCAAGAGGCUGCCGUCCAUCCCUCGCAGCCACAGCCCUCCGGACCAGCAUCUCAUGUCCGCACCGCACCGCGGGCUGCCGAUGCCGGCUGCAAUGACACUGCCGCCUCAGCAGUCUCACGCCAGCAGCGCAUCAGGCCCUCCGCCGCCUCCGUUACCGCCAGCCUCGCAACCCGGUCUGAGCUCGUCCAUCUCGUCGUCAUCCGCCCAUGCCCACCAUCAUCUUGGCCAGCUGCCAGGUCCACCCCCGCAGUGGCAGGGUGCCGAGGAGUCCAUGAGAAGCUGGCUCACCGCCAAGGCCGAGGAGGACCGUCGGAAGCAGGAAGAGGAAAGGACCAAGCAGGAGUCAUUGCGCCUUGAGCAGCGAAGGAUAGAGGCCGACAUGCUGCGAACUUCGCUUCAAGGCGGUAUCCCGCCGCCUAUUGUACCUCUCGUUUUUGCCGGAAUGGGGGGAGCUGUAUCACCCACGGCGUUAGACAUUGCGCAGCAGUACAUCGCAUCGCAGGGCCACGGAGCGCAUCCUCAACUCAUGUCUACCCAAGGCGGUCAGCGGUCACCUGAACAUAGGCGAGACUCGCAAUCGCAUGGGUACGGUCCCUACACGGGGGUGCCUUCGACACCAGUAUCAGCGCCUGGUCCUCACGGUUAUGCUGCCUACCCUGGGUCACCUCAGACUAGAGGCAGAGCCCAGACCCUGUCGUCAACAGGGUCAACAGGACGUGCAGUCGGCCCCAGCUCCAACCUGCCUAGUCUCAACACGGGAGCACCACCGGCAGGCCAGUCGCAGUCGUCAAUGCAUGGGCACAUCCACGGCGGACACGCGCCAUCCCAGCAACUAUCAGGCCAACAAGAAUCACAGCAGCAGCAACAGAGUCCUGGCAUCUACUUCCACCACUGGCAACCGCCCACCUCCCAAGCCGGAAGCUCAAAUCAGCCGGCGACACCAUCUGGUGCGUCCAACAAGAGCAAGAGAAAGCGAGAUUCGCUUUAA